AUGUUUCGAAACCCAUGGAUCUCUAGUUACCAUGUGAACCAUGUCCAGCCCUGUGGCCAAGGUAAGGCCUUUGGGACAGAAGCUGCGGCCAAACUCUGCAGCUCUGCCUCGUUUCCAUCCGAAGCCUUAAGUUUUCAGAGUGACUUCCCCUCGGGUGACAAGACCGCCUUGGUCAAGAGCGUUUCAGAUACAGAUGCCAAACGUCUGGUCGUCCUUCCCAAGGUUUCAGAGUUGAAGAAACACUUUGAGACUCCUGUCACAAAGGAUUUGGAGAUGAACAGGAAGGAGAGGAUAGCCCGGCGUCUGGAGGGGAUGGAAAGUGACGCUCCUCCUGCUCUGGUUCCCGGUGGUUUGGUCGCCAACAGAAUGCUGGAGGAGGAUCCGCCGCGGUACACCCGCGCCUCAGACCCCUGUGAGCCUUGUGGGAUGGUGAGGCGCUACAGUCGAGAGGAUUUUGACGCUCCCCAGAAGAAGAUGUCCUCCUCAGAAAGGUCACCUCAGGUCAAAGGUGGAGUUGGCAGUGGACGUCCAGACCCGAAGCUGGUGUAUGUCGACCCAGUCACGUUGUCCACCUCCUCUACACCCACAUCCGGCCCCACAGACCCCUCCAGCCUCAGUUCCAAGGCCGAGCGCAUAGCCCGCUACAAAGCAGAGCGCCGCCGCCAGCUGUCAGAGCGCUAUGGCAUCCUCCUGGACCAGGAGGCGGACACCGACUUCACACCGAGCCACCGGUCCCGCCGAGAGCCGGAGACCUCGGGUCGACAGACAAGUGCCAGGAGAGACAGAGACGGACAGGAAACAGAGGAAGUGGGACGGGACCCCAGGGUGCCAUACCGCUCUGGAGUGGGAAAAGUUUACAUGAGGACUCAUCCAGACGCUGCACCUGUUAACACAUCAAACCCCGCCCACACAACCCCAGCUCCUCCCCCCACACAGGAAAGACAGAGCCGAUAUUCUGAGCGGGAAAGAGCGAUGAACAUGGAGAACUACCGGCGUGGAGGAGCCCAAGAGCGCAGAACCGCUUCCAGAUCCAGAACCCAGGAAGCGCAUCCGCCCCAGCCCCAGCCCCAACAACCACAGAACCCCCCACACCACCAAGAAGCUGCCCACCAGGAGCCAAGCCCCGCCUCCACAAGGGAUUACAGCAUCGCAGCAGUGCCCAACUCUCCUCGCACCGCCCGCCGGGCGUCCCUGCCCUCCACCCGCUACGGCAUCUCACCCGGGGAUUUAUUCAUAGAGCAGCAGGCCCAGAGCAUCCUCAACAGACAGGGAAUCCGAGCAAGGGAACGAUUGUCCAGAGAUGAAACUGCCCAGAGGCCCCCUGACUGGAGUCCAGACAUGAAUCAGGUUGACAGACACCGUACUCAAAGGAACACUGCUCAGUAUACGCCACAGCACGCAGAAUCCACCCAGCAAAGGACUGUUCACCAGCCUCAGCCCAGCCCUGGCCACCAUCCUUCUCACGGGCAGACAGCCUACCCUUCCACUCCUCCGGAGUACAGACAUUCUGUUCCUGAAGUGGACUCACAGCCCUAUUUGGGUAUGCCUGCCCUGGUGGCUACUGCCAAACUUCCUGGACCUCCUGAGGUACUACCACGACGGAGAGUGAGUGCCGACCAAAUCCAUGCCGCUCACAAGGAGGCAAGACUAGAGGCCAGGCAGGCCCUGAAGGAAGAGGCCCACACAGAGGGCCUGCUUAAGAGUCGGAAAGCUGUGCUGCCUUCAGAGAUCCGCCGAAGAGAAAAGAGUGUGGAUGAUCCUCACAGAGGCCGGCAUGAAGAUAUGGACUGGCAAAACUACAGCCCAGAACAGAGGAGGAUGAGUCAAGGCGAGGAAGACUGGGAUUGGGACAAAACAAGGGAGAGGGGGAGAGAGAGAAAUGUUGAGAGGAUGAGGGAAAGGGGGAGACAGAAUGUUGACAGCCAAGAGGAGAGAAUAUUUAAAUCUUUGCAGCCGUCCCACUCAUCCGAACGGCAGCAGCCCAGGGAGCACCGAUCCUCAGAGACUAUGUUCCAUCAAGAGCCCCAAAUUCCAUAUGAAGAUCCCCCAAUGCAACAACAGUAUGAACCCAGUAAGAGGCAGCAUGUUGCUCAAACUCAGCAGGCAGACCCACAAAGGCAGCACCAGUAUGACCAGUCGAGACAGCCGCAAGAGCCUCAAAGACAACAACCCUUUCAAAAAAGGCAGGAGUACAUGCUCCAACAACAAGAACCUCCAAUUCAGCAACAAGACCUUGAGAGAAGACCAGAUCCAAGACUAGACAAAGAGUUUGAGCCUCAGAGGGCGCAGCAGCAGGAUCCUUCAGAGCAGCAGAGGUUUGACUCGGCUGUCUACCUCCAGAAGGGAUCUUCUCUGCCUCAGGUCAAAAGCAGAAGCAUGGAGCUCGGCGGAGGUCCCAAACCCAAGACUCGAACACGCUCCAUGUCAGAUAUAGGUGUUAGCGAGCAUUCGGCUAUGUAUCGUAUGGAGAGGGCAGCAGCCAGCCGGGACGCAUCCAGAGCCAUUCCAUCUGCAGGGGUGGCUAACGGGGAUUUGGGCACGCUGGACACCAGGGUGUCGGUAGCACAGCUGCGACACUCCUAUCUGGAAAAUGCCAACCGGAAACCUGAGUUUGAGGCCACAAAAGUAGAUCUGUCAGCAGUGGAGGUAGAUCCAGCUAGUGGCAGUGAUCGAGACAGGCCCGCUCGGAAGCCUCGUCGCUACAUCACUCCGGGAGACAGUCGCUUGUCGGAGAGGUUUAGGACCCAGCCCAUCACCUCUGCAGAGCGUUUGGAGUCUGAUAGGUCACGUCUCAGCCCAUCACAGCUACAGGAUCCCGACGGUAAAUUCAAUGAAGAGAAGCUUGACGACAGAGCCAAGAUGAGCGUGGCUGCCAAGAGGUCUCUCUUCAGGGACUUGGAGAGGACAUCAGACGGGAGCGUUCCCAAACCACGUUCUCGAAACGCUGCUGUGGACAGACGUCUAAGAAGAGUUCAAGACCGAUCACAAACGCAGCCUGUCACCAACAGGGAGGUGGUCAAUGCCUCAAGUGACGCCGACACAUUGCCGCAAGCUGUGGACACUCACACAGCUGUAGCUUGCAUUCCGAGCUCCACUGUCGUCAGCACAAGUCGGACAAACACCAGCAUGCAGGCCUCCUCCCAGCCGGACUCAGCGGUGCAGGAGAAGGAUGCGGAGGAGAACCAGAAACCAGCUCCGGCUCCUCGUGUCGGGGGGGCAGGCGAUGACCAGGAACUUGUCUCAGACGAGCCUGACCUGUCCUGCCUGACCCUGGCGGAGAAGAUGGCCCUCUUCAACCGCCUGGCUCACAUUACAGACAAGCCCGGUGAAGGGGUCCAUGGGGACACCCGGCAGCGGAGAGCCAACGCCCGCUUCCAGACCCAGCCCAUCACUCAGGGAGAAGUGCGGCAGGAAGCUGAGCGACCUGUGACCUCUGCAGCGGGUAAUGACGACUUAAAGGCCAAUCAGAGAGACCAUCUGAAGCACGGAGCCGAGAUCAGAGUGGAGCCUUUGUCAGCGUCCCUGGUUCGAUCGGUGGCAGCAGUCACCUCCCAAGCGGCCGUCGCCACGGUAACCAUCAAGCCAGGCAGCAGCAGCGUGUGUGACGAUGACGGCCUCCGUCCAGGGAAGUCCUCCGCCACCAUCCCCUACAUCCCUGCCCAACAACAGGCUUCCAGCAGCACCAGCAGCCACCAGGAGAGAGCGCUGAGGUAUUUCUCCAUGACCCAGAGUGGGGACCCCGGCCCCCCUGAGCCUGAGCUCACCUCCUCCCCUCUCCUCCCUGAGAGCCAGGAGAGAGGGGGGGCUCUCAGGCAGCAGCGGGAGGCUGUGGAGGAGGGCUGGAGGGAGUACCAGGAGGAGGAGGAGGUUAGGGGUAGACGACAGGGAGGAGCCACAGAAGACAGCCAAGGCGGCAACAUUAAGGAGAGGCUGCACUCCCCCGACAAGGACUGGGACGGCAGGCAGCAUCAGCAUCCCCAGCAUCAGCAUCCGAGGGGCGAGCCCGAGCCUCUGUCCAGCUGGAGAGCUGCAGACAGGGAUCCAGAGGCAGGAGGAAGAGGAGGAGGAGGAGGAGGAGGAAGAGGAGGCUACCUGAGAGAGGCUGCAGCCGUGCACAGCUCCUCCACUCGGGAGCAGGAGAGGAGCAGCGGCCGGAGCCAGGGAGGCGUCUCAGAUCAUUCUGCACCCCUGAGGCCUCUGGCAGCUAAAGUGUCCUCCAGGACAGUGUCUCACGUGUCCAGCAGCCAGCAGCAGCAGCAGCAGACUGUGAACCAGCCUCCUCAAACUCUUCCCAAACCCUUCACACAGCCGCCUCCUGCAACCCAGUCCAAACCAGUUUCCAUCAUCCAGCCCCAGCCCUACUCCCAGCACUCCCAGCCCCCUCCAACAUAUCCCAAACCUUUCUCCCAGUCCCCUCAAACUCAGCCCAAACCUCAGGGAUUCGUCCAGCCUCUUCCCAAGCCUUACCCCCAGACACCCCCCCAGCCUCCGCCCAAACCUCAGGUGCCUCCACAGACACCCCCCAAGCCCCAGUCCUUCCCCAAGGCCCUGGUCAAGUCCCAGUCCCUGCCCCUGGACAACAGUGAGGACUUCAGCAGGGACAGUGUCCAGUCUGGAGACCUGCUGUCCCCCACAGACUCUGGAGAUCUACUGUGUGACGGCAUGUCCAGCAAACAGAUGUCCAUCCGGGAGAGAGUGGCGCUGCUGAAGAAGAGCGGUGAGGAGGACUGGAAGAACCGGAUCAACAAGAAGCAGGAAGUGGUGAAGGUAGCGUCCGCUGAGCAGGAGGCGCCGGUGUGGGAGCCGGAGCCGACCUGCCAUGAGAAGGAGGAAGAGGUGGUCGUUCAGGACUUCUCUGCUGUGUCUGUGUCCGAGCAGCUCUGGGAACCCGUCUUCUCCUCCACCUAUUCUCCUCCUAUCUCACUUGGCCAAAAGUGUCAGUAUAUUGAGCAUCCCGGUCAGAAGGUUGGAGAGGACGUUGACUCUCAGAUGAGCAUUGAGGAGAGGAAACUGAUGAUCUCCACUCGUGAGGAUGCCUGGAGGUCAAAGGGCAGAGGAGCAGCCAACGACUCCACCCAGUACACAGUGGCUGCUCGGAUGGUGAAGAAAGGCCUUGCAGCCUCCUCCUCGGUUAUCAGUCCCAUCCUGUCACCGGUGUCCACCAAACUCAAGAGCAACAUGCCGGCUGUCAGCAAACCACAAGAGGAAAUUGAGGCUCGGCCCGAAAUGGAAUCGGAUAAGAAGCUUGACAAGUUGGAGAGUUUCUUGGGACGUCUCAAUAGCAAAGUGGCAGGUCUGCAGGAAACAACCAUUACAGUGACUGAGAAGGCCGUGAAGGAGGUGAUGAAGCUGGACGACGAAAUCUUCUCCAAGUUCUACCGACGCGUAGCUGAGUUUCCACGCAUGCCCACCAGGAUCGAGAUCAGUGAGGACUUCGAUAGCAUCUUCGGCUCUCAGGGUCCCAAGUUAACUUCAGCCAUGGUGCAGCACAGGCGCUCGGUGCGUCCGUCCAGGAACGUCCAGUCGUGCAGAAACCCAGUGAAGAAGCUGGCGGCCCGAGAGGACAUCAGACACGAGUACACGGAGCAGAGGCUGAACGUAGCUCAGCUGGAGAGCAAGAGGAUGAAGGCUGAGAAGAUGACUAAAACCUCAGAGUACUCUGAAGCUGCUCUGGCAGGUCUGGCCAGUAAAGAGAACUUCAGCAGCGUGAGUCUCCGCAGCGUCAACAUCUCGGAGCAGAUGUCCAACAACAGCGCCGUGCCGUACAAGAACCUCAUGCUGAUGCAGGUUAAAGGUCGUCGUCACGUUCAGACCAGACUAGUGGAGCCCAGAGCGUCCUCUCUGAACAGCGGAGACUGUUUCCUGCUGGUGACUCCGGAGCACUGCUUCGUCUGGAUAGGAGAGUUCUCAAAUGUGAUCGAGAGGGCAAAGGCGAUAGAUUUGGCCACUUUCCUCCAAACCAAGAAGGACAUGGGCUGCCGGGCCAACCAGGUGCAGACUGUGGAGGAGGCGGUUCACCCACAGGGUCCGGACCACCAGCUCUUCUGGAGCAUCUUAGGAGGACAGUCGGCUUAUCAACCCGCGGGUCCACCGGAGGAGGAUGAGCAGUUUGAAAACGGCAUCGUGGAAACCAACUGUAUCUUCAGGCUGCUGGACGACAAACUGGUCCCUGAUGAUGAAGAGUGGGGGAAGGUCCCUCACAACUCGCUGCUGGCUUCCAAGGAGGUGCUGGUGUUUGACUUUGGCAGUGAGGUGUACGUGUGGCACGGGAAGGAGGUGACUCUGGCCCAGAGGAAAGUUGCCUUCCAGCUCGCCAAGCACCUCUGGAACGGAACGUUUGAUUACACCUGCUGUGACGUCAACCCGCUGGACCCCGGCGGCUGCAACACACUCAUCCCCAGAAAGGGCCAGGGCCGUCCUGAUUGGGCGAUAUUUGGCAGAUUGACAGAGCACAACGAGACGAUCCUGUUCAAGGAGAAGUUCAUGGACUGGACCGAAGCGAAGGCGGUGACACCAAAGGAAGUCGGCGAGCUGGUACCUGAGCAGAAGGAGGCACCGGGGCGAGAGUGCCAGCCCUACGACGCCACCCUGAUGCUUCCCUUCCUCCAGUCGUCCAUUUCCACCAUCGUGGACGGAGUCAACGUGGGUCGUGGUUACGGCCCGGUGGAGACCGAGGACCACAUGAGGAUCCAGGAGCUCAGCACGGUGUCGGUGGACGUCUGGCACAUCCUGGAGUUCGACUACAGCCGCCUCCCACGCCAGAGCAUCGGUCAGUUCCACGAGGGCGACGCCUACGUGGUCAAGUGGAAGCACAUGGUCAGCACCUCAGUCGGUCGCCGGCUGAACCCGGAGGCGAGGAGCACCGGACCGGGGAAAGAGAAAUGCUGCUACUUCUUCUGGCAGGGCCGACACUCCUCGGUCAGCGAGAAGGGGACGUCAGCUCUGAUGACCGUGGAGCUGGAUGAGGAGAGGGGGGCUCAGGUUCAGGUGCAGCAGGGGAAGGAGCCUCCGUGUUUCCUUCAGUGCUUCAACGGAGGGAUGAUCAUCCACGCUGGCAAACGGGAGGAGGAGGAGGAGAACACUCAGAGUGAUUGGCGUCUGUACUGUGUCCGGGGCGAGGCGCCGGUGGAAGGCCACCUGCUGGAGGUGGCGUGCCACUGCAGCAGCCUGCGCUCCAGGGCCUCCAUGAUCCUGCUGAACAUCAACAAGGCGAUCAUCUACCUCUGGAACGGCUGCAAGACGCAGCUCCACACUCGCGGCGUGGGAAACACGGCUGCUCUCAAAAUCAAAGAACAGUGUCCUCUGGAAGCAGGUCUCCACAGCAGCAGUAAGGUUACCAUCCAUGAGUGUGAUGAGGGGGUGGAGCCUCCAGGCUUCUGGGAGGCGCUGGGCAGGAAGGACCGGAAGGCGUACGACUGUAUGCUGCAAGAUCCCGGUAAAUUCAACUUCACCCCACGCCUCUUCCAGCUGAGCAGCACAUCUGGAGAGUUUGUGGCGACAGAGUUCUUCCACCUGUCCAGAGCUCCGGACCUGGUCAGCUCGCUGCCUUUCCUGCAGGAAGACUUGUACAACGCACCACAACCUGCGUUGUUCCUGGUGGAUAACUUCCAUGAAGUCUACCUGUGGCAGGGCUGGUGGCCUCAGGACAGCGAGAGCACCGGCUCGGCUCGGAUCCGCUGGGACUCGGACAGGAAGUGUGCGAUGGAGACGGUGCUGCAGUACUGCAAAGAGAGAAACGAGAAGAAACCUCAGAAGUCGUACCUGAUACACGCCGGUCUGGAGCCGCUCACCUUCACCAACAUGUUCCCCAGCUGGGAGCACAGGGAGGACGUGGCUGAGAUCACAGAGCGGGAGGCGGAGGUGUGUCACCAGAUCAUCCUGGUGGAGGACGUGUUGGCCCGGCUCAGUCAGAACUCCUUCCCUCUGGAUCAGCUCCAGGCCCGGCCGCUCCCUGAGGGGGUCGACCCCCUCCGGCUGGAGCUCUACCUGUCCGACCAGGACUUUCAGAAAGCGUUGGAGAUGAAGAGAGAGGAAUACGAAGGUCUGCCAGGGUGGAAGCAAGUGAACCUGAAGAAAGCCAAAGGACUGUUUUAA